CUCCUCACCAGCAAACCUGGCAAAUAAUAGCCGGCAACACAACACCCAAACAGCCAGGAAAAUCCACACGCCAUCAUGGCCACCACGCGACUCCGCCUCCUAUUCCUAUUCACGCUGCUCGCCGGCACCGCCGUCUUCUCCGUCUCCGCUGCCUGCGACGUCCCUGCCGAGCCGGCCGUCGCCGGUGCAGUCGGCGCGGAGCCGAGCGCGUACGAGAUGCUGGAGAAAUUUGGGUUCCCAAAGGGCAUCCUGCCGGUGGGCGUCACCGGCUACACGCUCCGGCGGUCGGACGGCGCGUUCCAGGUGUUCAUGGACAAGGAUUGCGAGUUCGAGGUGGACGGCGGGUACAAGCUCACCUACCAGCGGACGAUCUCCGGCAGGGUGGCUGGCGGCAGCUUACGGGACCUCCGGGGCGUCUCGGUGAGGAUCUUGUUCGUCAACUGGGGCAUCGACCAGGUGCUCAUGGCCGACGCCGACCACCUCAUGUUCUACGUCGGCCCGCUCUCCCAGGCCUUCACGUCGGACAACUUCGAGGAGUCCCCGCGGUGCAGCUGCCGCCGCCAUGGCGUUGCGGACGUUGGAGAGGUCGUGGGCGUGGCGGCGAUGUAGGAUCGGGCAGUUGGUUACGUGAUUGCAUAUACGUGUACACAACAAACUACUGGUUUUUUUUUGAACACAACUACUACUGGUUAAUUUGGUUUCCGGGAUUGGUGCGUGAAAUUCUUGCACGUGAUGCUGUGAAUUUUUUGAUGCAAGUCGAUGCAUGCACGAUUGGUGUGCGUGCAACGCGCUGCACACCGAGGAAAAGGACCCCAUCAAAUGGGGUGUCGAUUUUAUUUGCCAUAUUUAUGAUUCUUCUUCUUAGUGCGUGCAAUUGUUAUAUUUUGCCUUCAAUGUUUUAUGUGGAUUUGAAGACGAUUUACCGUCUCUGGUCAGGUGAUGAUCAUGUACAUUAGUGGUGGUGUCGAGCUUGUCAGGCAUGUUUGCAAACAAACAAAAAAAAAAGAAUAAGGCUAGCAGAUGCGAGUUUGUACCA